UGCUUGACUUCGUCGAGGAUCACUGCAGUUGUGUGGACUGCUGUCGCCCAAAAGACGAGACUUUCGGCGUAGCUUCUGGUGGGCGAAAUUGGCCAUCGUCGGAGGCAUGGCGGCGAAGCAAUCCGAUCCGGGAAGAAAUUGUCUGCGAUAGAUUGUGGAAUUCCGAUCUGCUCACUCUCGCUACAUUGAGAUCUAGAUCGAGCGAGGAGGAGAAGGGCGGAGUGAGCGAUGGAGGCGGAGCAAGGGAAGGAAGGGUGGUUCAUCUAUGGGUUCGUCGCGCGGGGGACUGUGGUUCUAGCCGAGUACACAGAGUAUACUGGAAACUUCCCUGCCAUCGCGGCGCAGUGCCUACAGAAGCUGCCUUCCUCCGACAAGUUGUCCACCUACGCGUGCGACGGUCACGCCUUCAUCUUUCUCGUACACAGUGGCUACGCCUAUUGUGUUGUUACCAAAGACACUGUUACUAGAAACGUCUCUAUUGCUUUCCUGGAGCGACUGAAAACAGAUUUUACAAAAAGAUAUGGAGGUGGCAAAGCUGAUACAGCAACAGCAAAGAGUCUUAAUAAAGAAUUCAGCCCAGUCAUAAAGGAGCACAUGCGGUAUAUAAUUGAUCAUUUGGAUGAGAUUGAUAAGCUUAUAAAGAUUAAAGUCCAAGUUUCAGAAGUUAAAAAUGUUAUGUUGGAGAACAUCAAUAAGACCAUGGAACGUGGAGAGAAACUGAAUGAUCUGCAAGACAAGGCAACAGACUUGCAGCAAGAGGCGCAAGGGUUCCGGAAACAGGGGACUAAAUUACGCAAAAGAAUGUGGUUGCAUAACAUGAAGAUCAAGUUGGUGGUGCUCGCCAUCUUGUUGAUUUUAGUUCUCAUUAUUUGGGUCUCUGUAUGCCAUGGAUUUAACUGCACCAAGCAGAAUAACUGACCAAAACGGUUCCAGGGCCAGAAGCCAGUUAUACUCUGUCUCAUUAGUGAGAAAGAUCAAACAAAAAAAGAAUUUUAAAACGAUAAAGGAAUCCAGCUUUGAAUAUUUACUAUAAUGCGUGGUUUGGCCUUUUCUUUACAAUCAUCCUCGGUGCAUGGUUGAUCUUGAAUUGUAUUCUUUAUAAGGUGAUGUAACCUAUUUGCCUUGCUAUGAAAUGUUGUUGCAAGUCAUUUUAUAUAUAAAAAGGGUCUAUAGGUUUUGGAAUGUGUCCUAUUUAAUUAAGAAACAUAUACUGUUUAUGUAUUGUGUUCUACAUUUGCACUAAAGCAAGGAAUAACACCCUCCUUUGGCUUGGCUUGCUUAA